AAAGGCAUUUCUCCUCUUUCUGCAAAAUGCCUGCUCCACCAUGAGAGAGAAAGCUUCACACUGAGAGAAAAAGCUUACAAAGUAAUGGAGGACCAGGGCAGCCAGGCCUUUAGCUUAGAGGUUUCUUAUCUUUUGCAGCAAACACUAAGAAGCCUUUGCUCUUUAGACAACAGCCAUUGGCUUUAUGCUGUGUUUUGGAGGAUCCUUCCAAGAAACUACCCUCCACCAAAGUGGGAUUCUCAAGGUGCAAUGCUUGAUAGAACUAGGGGAAAUAGAAGGAACUGGAUUUUGGUGUGGGAAGAUGGGUUCUGCAAUUUCAUGGCUUCUCCAAGAGAGAGGAGAGAAAAUUGGCCGACGAAUGCUGUCUCUACAUCUCUCUUCCCAAAUUCUCACACUUCCACUUACAUGGAGCCUCAGAAUUUCUUCAAAAUGUCUCAUGAAGUCUACAACUAUGGAGAGGGUUUGAUAGGAAAAGUGGCAGCAGACAACAGCCAUAAAUGGAUAUUUCGUGAGCAGCCCCAAGACCAGGAAACCGCCUCCAUAUCACCAUGGCAAACUUUUGUUGAUCCACAGCCUAGAAUAUGGGAAGCCCAAUUCCAAUCCGGAAUUCAGACAAUUGCCCUAAUUGCUGUCAAGGAAGGAGUAAUUCAACUAGGAUCCCUUCUCAAGGUGAUGGAGGACCUGAACUACAUAGCUAUAUUGAAGAAGAAGUUCUCAUAUCUUCACAGUAUACCAGGUGUCUUACUCCCUCACCCUUCAACCAACCUCCAAACCAACACAACCCACCCCCACACGUGCCAAUCUCACCUGCAAAACCGUCCCGCCUUCUACCCCCUUCUCUCUCCUCAACCAAACACAAACCCACCAAAACAAACCUUCUCUCCUAACUUUCUCUCUCCUCAAACCACCUUAAUUGCACCCUCAAUGACCAGCCUAGAAUCUCUUCUCUCUAAGCUUCCAUCAAUCCAAAUGCCCAACCCUAACCCUAACCCUAACCCUAGCCUUAAUCAUAUUCCUAACCCUAAUCUUAGUCAUAUUCCUAACCUUAAUAAUUCAAUCUCAUCAUCCACACUAACUUAUUACCCACUUGAUUAUGGAUUAAAAGAGCAAGAAGAAGAGGAGGAUCAAAAGGAGUGGAGAAGCAUGGGCCUCAGUCUAGAAUGCAAUGGACCUGGUGGGAAACUCAAGGAGAAGAUAGAGAGUGAUGAUAAUUGUAGCAAUCAGUUUGGGGGUAUGGAUUUUGACCUAGCAGGAGAAGGAGACAUCACAGAGGACUGUGCCAGCAGCCUAUUAAUGGGCUGACGUAUGCGUUAUGUAUUAUGUAUUCUGUGCCCAUACUCUAGAGAGAGAAAGAGAUUGGGCUAGAGAGAGAGAGUCUUCUGAUGUGUACAGUAUCCUGGAGAGAGGGAUAUUGGGGUGCGUACUAUAUGCAAUAGCUCAGACUUAGAGAGAGAGACUGAGAUUCUUUUGUGUGUAAUGUACGUUAGAGAGAGAGAUAGAGAGAGAGAGUUGGGGUAUGGGGAGACAGCGUCCAGUCUGGUUUCCUAAGGUUGGAGCGACAGUGUUGCACUUUGGUGCUUAUUUUUCAACUUUCCUGCAGACGUAGCUUUCAUGAGAAGAAGAGAUACGAAUCGGAAAGGAGGGUUCACUGAACUUGGGCUUCAAGCCUCUGGUUGUUGUAGAUAAAGUAGUAUCUGAUAUUGAUGCGCCUCUUUGAGUUUCAUCA